GGGCAGCAGGUGGCGGUAGUGUUCCCAACAUUUCUUUCCUGAACCAGGCAGAGGAGCAUUGUGCUUGUUUGGAGUCUGAAGUUGGAGAUGUCCGCGGUUUGAUCCUCUGCCUGAUAAACAAUAAAAGCUAACUGAAGAACGCGAACUUACCCGGCAUCAUGAGCACCCUGUGGAUGGGAAACCUGGACGCCUACAUGGAUGAGAAGUUCAUCACCAGAGCCUUCUCCACCAUGGGGGAGCAGGUGGUCAACGUCCGGAUCAUACGGAACAAGAUGACAGGGGGGGCUCUGGGCUACUGCUUUGUGGAGAUGAGUGACGAGGCCACAGCUGAGAGGUGUCUGCGCAAAAUCAAUGGCAAAUCGUUGCCAGGAGCCAACCCGCCCACAAGAUUCAAGUUGAACCGAGCCACAUUCGGCAAACAAGAAGCAGGGCCCAUGUUUUCUCUGUUUGUGGGUGACCUCACCCCUGAGGUGGACGAUGGGAUGCUCUACGAGUUCUUCUACAACCGCUACCCCUCCUGCCGCGGCGGGAAAGUGGUGCUGGACAGCAUGGGGAACUCAAAAGGCUGUGGCUUUGUCCAGUUUCCAGACGAGCGGCUCCAGAAGCGAGCCUUAGACGAGUGUCAGGGGGCCAUGGGGCUCGGCAGCAAACCUCUACGAUUGAGCCUCGCCGCUAACAACUUAAGGAACAAGCAGCCGCAGCAGUCAGAGCAGAAGCAGACGUAUCCGUCCAGCUCAGGCUACAGCUACGACCAGUACAGCCAGUACCAGAACCAGGCCUACCCCGGGUAUUACUCCUCAUGGGGAUAUGACCAGACCGCCGCCAUGUAUGGAUACAGCUACCCUCAGUACGACUACUCGCAGUACGCCGCCACACAGGAAAGCGAGGAGCUUCAGGAGGAAGAGCUGCUGGAAGAUCCGGGCCUGGUGCCGGAUGUGGUGGGGGCUAACGCGAAGUUCAUGGAGCUGAGCGAGGAGCUGUUCGACGCUCUCAUCGAGUGCCAGUUUCAGUCGACGGAUUUCAUCGCCCAGCAGGAGUACAUGACCUCCACCCUGCCAGAGCCCAUCUACUGCUGACCUAUUCUAAUUUUAGCCACUCAUACGGCUGAAACGGUAUAAAAGGAGCUUUAGUUCGACUUUUUGGACCUUUUAUUCUUGUGCGUGAGCUGUGAUGAUCCAUGGAAACAGAUGGAGCUGAACGGACUCAACUGCUGGGUUUUAUGUUCUAGAAACGACCACAUUUCGAUCUGUGAUGGAUCUAAAGCCUUUGUUUGAGUGAUUUGUAAUAAAAAAUGUACCUGGAUGGAGA